ACAAAACCGCUGCCUCCCCCAACUACCCUACUCUAGGAUAUCUUCCUUCUUCGAUAGCUGGUCUCUCCCCAUCUCAUCUCAUACUGCUGCAUUUACAUCUUUAAGCUACAUAAGUAUUGGUUUUAUGUGUAAAGCUAUCAAACAAACAUACAGUAGCUAGCCCCCUUGCAUAGACUGAGAUUUCCCUUCUUUUACUUUCCUUCUUUUCAAACUACACCAAGGUACAAUGGCACCGUUAGAAGAUAGGAGGCGGCCUGCCGCCCUCAACCUAGGCCCAUCGCGGCAAUCAUCCACCGGCUCAUCUUCGACAUCGUCGCUCAAACCACCAAGGACGCCGAGAUUUGCUGAAGCUACGACGGUUUACUCACCAGUGGAGGAGCGAAAUUUGCCAUUUGGAAGAGACAAUAGAUCACAAUCUGAUCGAGCACAACCAGCGGAUGUUGGGUUUGGAUAUAUAAACGACGACACGAGUAGGGAACCCGGAAAUGUACCAAUGACGCCAAAGACGCCCCUGAAGAGCGCGAUGAGGAUCCCGGGCACCCCAGCGAGGAAAAUCGAGAACCCCUUAAGCCCGACAUUCAGGGAAGAGGAUAUCUUAGAUAAACGGGAGAAGGAUACAGAGAAAGAGCAAGGGCGAGACUUGGGUCUCAAAACGAAAGUGCGAAUGGCCAAGUUUGCGCUUCGAGGUGUCAGCUUUAGCUGCAGUCUUAUCAUCUUAGCCAUGCUCACUUCUACCCUCUCCAUCUUCCACGCGACAAAAGGCCUACCGGCGCAAAACGGGUUACCAGCAUGGUCAUCCAGCACGACCACUUGGCCGCAAAUACUCGUGCUAAGCGUUUCUUGCGUCAAUCUACUCAUCUGUAUCCUCAUCUUUAUCGGGUAUUGUCGAGGUGGUCACGCUCGUGCCGAGAAAGUUGGUGUCUACUACACGCUGUUUGCAGUGGGCUGGUUCAUCGUUUCUAUAAUCUUGUGGGCUGCCGCCGCAGGUGUCUUCCAAUUUACGAGGAACAACAGCAACAACCAAGACAUGUGGGGAUGGUCGUGCGUCCAAAAUCAUCGGUCAGAUCUGUUCUCGCAAAAGGUCGACUACGAGCUUGUCUGCAGACUUCAGAACUGGGCCCUGAUUUGUAUCAUCAUUGAGAUCGUCGUUGACGUCAUCACGAUCACUCUGUACAGCGUCGUUUUCUACCGCUACUAUACGAAGCGGCGCCUAGCCAAGUCGAUGGACUUGCGAGACCGUGCCCGGUCCGACCUAUACUUGGCUCAGCUGCGAUCACAGUCCGCGCCUAACACGCCAGGCUUUGGCCCUAAGUCACCAUCCUUCUCCCAAUACGCCAUGUCGCCACGCUUCCCGCCAUCGGCCUACAAAUCGCUGUCGGACAUCUCGGAAGGGCCGGCGUUCACGCCUGGAGCGCAGAUCGCCGAGCCGCCGUCCAACUUCGCGAGCACGAGCCCGAGCUCAACAAGCAGCCCAACCGAGAAGCCGUUCAAGCUGCAGGCCCCGCCAAGCAAAGCCCCCUCGGCCACCCCUAAACUGAACCAGAGCGGAUUCCGAACGCCCACGUCCCCCAGCAGCCCAGCCGGACCCAGCACUUCCAACGAGCAUGGCCCGGUCGCCCCUGGCGAGGUUCAGUACGACGCCGUGCCCAUCCCGGGCGCCUAUGCUGAUGCAGCGGUAAAGAGCCCGCCACCGGCGCAGACGUAUUUCGGUCAUGCGCGGUGAGCGUAUGUACCUGUGUACGAGAAGAAAAAAACCUAAAAGUUACAAAAAAUAUAAAAUAUCAAAAAUUGUGUUAUCUGAUAUAUAAGGUAGCCUUAAUUUCCUUUGUUCAGCUGAGCUGGAGCGAGAGGGUCAAAUCGAUACUUGCUUGGAUAGGAUAUUCCCCCCUUUUAAGAGGUGGUGGUUUUUUAU